AACACCAGACCUACCCCACGAUUGAAGGAAACAUCAACAAUCGGCAAUACGCCCUAUAAUCCACCAUCAAAGGGCGGGGCGUAUGUGAAGGUGAUGAUCAACAACAUAGAACGACAUGACACAACAUCGUCCUUGUUCUCUGCCUCCCCACAAGAAGUGUGGUCAGCCCCAGCAAAUUUAGAAGGAAACAGACCCCUACCUCACAUACCAAAUAUGGACUUAAAUGAGUCAAUUAUGGAAAAGAAGGAUUAUAAUAAUAAAAGAUAUAGAAAGGAUACAACAUCCUCAGAGUCUUCUUGGGACAAGGGAACUACUGGAGCUGGAAAAAAGAAAAAAUGAUCCUGAAUCUUCCCAGAUUAUCGGUUAUAAUAUGGAUCAUUUGAUCAACAUACCUUCUAAGCGAUUUGUAAUCACGAGGACAAGAUCAGAGAAGAUUUCUUUCUACUGGUAUGCUUUGAAUUUGUUUGUCUGCAUUCUGUUUGGAUGCAUCUUGCUGAUUUGGGGAAUUCUUGCUCAUCUCGCAGAGUCUGGCGUGUUUGAUCGUGGGGAAUUCUCUGGAAUAAUCAAGCGUGCUGAUAUCGUUGCGUACCUGCCCACUGUUGGUACUAGUUUUGGCGACGUUUCGUCGAAAUUUCUUGUUGCUUUCGCAAUUAUAUUGGAGACAAUUUUGGUCAUCGGAUUGUAUGGGGCGAUUUGCGUUCAUCGUCAAAGGAGCAGUAUCGAUGAUUUUCCUGACAAAGAACUGAACGCAUCAGUGUGUUUUAUCCAUAUUUUGAGAAUCGCUAUAGUAAUAUGCCUUGCUAUAGGCGGAAUGUUAUACUUUGUGGAUUCACCACUAAGAAGCCACAUGUCGUCUCUGAUGUCAACCGCAAUACCCGGGGUUGAGGAGACAUUGGAUCGAAAUAUUAUGGAUGUAUAUCAGAGUACAUUUCAAUGCUGCGGCCAUGACUCUCGCAAAGAUUGGAUCCAGGUCGACAACGAUACUGGUAUUGUUCGCGAUUGGACUCCGCAAUCCUGUUGCAUCGAUAGAUCGGAUUGUACUUUACCUUCUGAGACCAUCUUUACUGAUGCUGCAACAUUUGCUAUUUUGGAAACUACAAAAAGUCCUGUGCUAGAUACCUCAAUACCAUUCGUAGUUGAAAAUGGUGAAUUGAUCAAUUUCAAUAAAACUUUCAACAGAGGAUGCGGUGAGGCCAUUCAGUCAUGGCUAAUUAUCCAUGGUUUAUUGCUAUUAACCUUCACUUUCGUUUUACUUCUGCUCCAUAUAGCAUGGAUGGUUUGGCGUAGAAAUGCCCGACUUCCGUCUCUUUUCCGUGGAUGCUGUGAAUCAUAUAGAAGAAAUCGAGUUCAACCAAUUUGCCUCAAAGUAAACGAAAGUUCAACGGAUUCAAAUAUCAGUUUAGUUUUUUUUGAGGAUGGAGUCAAGAACGGCAAUAGCAGCAGCAAUGAGACCAUAAGUCCUAACAAUAUUCCUAGUUCAGAGAACAACCAUGUAAUUGUUAAAAUACAGGAAUUGCCAUCAAUGUCACGAGUGCAACUCGAAAGUACAAUGUUUACCCCAAUAGACAAUCCUCUUCCAGCAAUAGGUACCAUGAACGAAAAUAAAAGCAGGCCUCAAACUUCGAGAAGGAGGCCCCACCCCAAAAUAGGCCUGUUUUUGAGAAACGUGUCUCUCAAAGAUUACUUCGGAAACAGCGGCGUAAACUUACGUGAUGAGACCAGGCCAAGACCUCCUACACCUGCUAAGAUGCCACUCCAGGCCAAGAAAGUUCAUAAGGAUAUAGUCAUCACCUUUGAAGCUCCCGAACUAGAUUUCCCGAAACCUGUUCCUACUACACACCCAUGGGCAACGACUGUGCUAACAGUGCAAGCUUUAAAAGCCAAGCGAGAUAACGAUGACAAACUUUCCAUCAUUAGCUUGGAGAGUUUUGAUGGAUGAUGACGGAUUAUCACGCCUCGCUGUCCUGUGUACCACUUCUUGUUGAGUACGGGAGUAGAAAUUUUACCCUAACUUUUAUUGCUUUUUAUUUUGAAAAUAAAAACGGACACAAAAUGCAAA